GUACCAGACAAAAUCUCAGCCCCCUCCAUGGCGAAGACCCGUCCCUUUCUCUUCUUAGCGAUUCUCACUAUAUCAGCAACGCGGCGGCCGCUCCUGCAGAGAAAGCUCGAUGAAAGAUUCCGGCGGGUGUUGAGUGAAAGGAUUGUCCUCCAAGGAGAGAAAAGCCUAGACUACGUUCAAGGUCUCCUGGUCUAUCUUGCAUGGCAUCCUAUACACAUCCGACCAUUGAACAAUCAGAUGUGGCAGUACGUUCAAAUUCUCCGAGGUAUGCUGUCAGACCUGAGGUUUGACAGGAAGCUACACGAAACGACUGCGCGCAAUGCCUGUCUUGGAUGCUAUAACCUGUCCUCGCUAUUUGCUCUUGGCUUUCAGCGACGCAGCGACUCGACGCUGUAUGAUAUCAUAAAGUCCACUCUUGAAGGAACCGCAUCAACCGACCAAGAUAACACUCACCAAACGUUGCUUUCCAGGACCCAGAUGCUGUGGGAGACUGUAGCUCGAAAGUCUGAGCAAGAGGGUGAUAAUCUCCCAAAAUGUUCUCUGUCAUUCCACCUGCAGAUCCAAGACCUUGAGCGCAAGAUCCGUUCUGAGACCCCGGAGACAGCUUCGCUACGUAUCUCGAUACUGUCGCUGAAAGUGGUCACAGCGUAUCUCCCUUGGAUGGCUUAUGGCCCAAGCUCCAGCCGUAAAUCAUCACACAACCCCGGAUCAUCUGAGUACCAACCAUGUGAAUAUGUGAAGGAAGCAAGAUCGUGCCUAGCGGAGAUUCGAGGCUUUUUCGAUUACUUUCUCUCGUUACCAGCAGACCAAUACAUCUACUUUUCCAUCAGGGAAUGGUGCCAGCUAAUUCUUACAAUCAGCACUGCCUCACAGAUAUGCUUUCUCACCCACCCUUUCAUGAAAAUCCAAUGGUACGAGUUUCAGACUAAGGCGCGAUCGACCAUGCAAAUAUACCUGGAAAGCCUCUUACACCGCAUGAAGACCUUAUCCGUCUCGAAGUCUGGGGUCACACCAGACAUUUUCAGCAUGUUCAGAUCGGUCUUGGAUGUUGUUCUGGAAACAUACGCUGUCGCCAGGAUCAACUCUCCCUUGCAGUCUGAUUCGGAUCCCACGGGUACUGAAGGCACAGACUCUCCGAGUGUGGGUGCAACGAGCACGACGUCCAGACGGUGUCCCAUGAUGAAUGGGUCCAUCAAGCGGACGGAGUUCUGGGAGGCAGUGCAGCAGAGUAACACCCUCUGUGGAGGAGGCCCGGAAGCCAAAAGCAAUGGUCGGUAUUCAGGAGUGUUCGGAGCUGGUAUGGAUGGACUGUUCGAUGAUGCUCAGGAUUGGCCGAGUUUGUUUUCCGAAUGGGUCAGUUUUACUUAGGUUAGGUUUCUUGUGUGCUGGAUGCUGCUCGAUAACCUCUAUAGUGGAGUGCUAAUCGUUAGAGUUAGUGCCCUUAAAAGAACAUAGAGGGCACACCCGGAACUUCACGAUUGCAAAUGACUUGGCUGGUUAUUCUUGAGAUAUUUGCUGUUGGCUCUGAUAGCAAUAUCAAAGUACGAAGAUCAUUUUAAAAUACAUUCCUGGAUGUCGAGGCUCUGAUAUUCCAUGUGACACAUUUACCGCAACCACGUUGCUUAACUGCCGGUUCCUACACAUAGUCAU